AUGAACCUGGACAGCAAGCCUACCGGCGCAAUGGAGCACGCUUCACCAGAGGACUAUGCCAGCGAUGGGGAUCUCUCAACCGGAGAGGAUCAGGAAGUGAAGUUGGAGGACUCUAACGCAUCACCGUCUAAUGGCACCCAUGGGACAGGCUUGCAUGCGCCGGGCAUCAAGGCGCAUAUGCAGAAGCGGAGACGAGUGACCCGAGCGUGUGAUGAGUGUAGAAGAAAGAAGAUCAAGUGUGACGGCAAACAGCCUUGCACCCAUUGCACGGUCUACAGUUAUGAUUGCACCUACGACCAACCUUCAAACCGUAGACGCAACCCAGCGCCGCAGUAUGUCGAGAACCUGGAACACCGAGUGCAUCGUGCCGAGACCUUACUCCAUAUCCUUAUACCGAACCUCGACCUAAAUGACCCAGGCAUUGAAGCAGCUGUCGCGCAAGGAUGGAUCCCUGGAGCCCCAGGUCGUGGCAACCCUACUGCUCUGAACACUGCUUCAGUAGCUCCGCCCGUGCAAGAUGCUGGCAUCGAGAAGAACAAGUCCGAUACAAAUCUAGAAUCAAUGGUACGAGCAGUGGCACAGAUAGACAUGGAUGAACAAGGUCACUGGGAUUAUCAUGGACACUCUUCCGGUCUGAGCUUUGUGCGGCGCAUGCGAGAACAGCUCGGCGAUCUUAUGGGACCAGACACAAAGGCGACACCGUUUGUGAAAUCUCGACCAAUGUCACAGCUGCUGGAAUCGCCACGGUCUACUCUGGACUCUCCCAGUGGUGGUGAUAUAUCACCCGGCGCUGCUACCGACCUGCCACCUCAAGGUUAUGCGCGAGAGAUCUGCGGAUAUGCUGUCAAUGAUGCAGCUGUCCUCUUACGAGUCGUACAUGCGCCCAGCUUCUGGAAGUCCUUCGACGGGCUGUAUAACAAGCCGCCCGAGCAGUUCACUAACGCGGAUAACACGUUCUUGCCACUCUAUCAUACCGCAAUGGCACUUGGCCAUCUCUUCUGCAAGGACGAGGCUGGAUCUCUCGACCAGCGAGGCUAUGAAAACGCUAUCCAACAGGGCUUCAUCCAUUUCAGGACCGCCAGGCAACUCAUGGACAUCGCAGACUGUCGAGAUCUAACUUCGAUACAAGCUGUCAUGUUCAUGAUCAUAUUCUUGCAAUCUUCGGCAAAGCUCUCACAGUGUUACGCUUACGUUGGCGUUGCCUUGCGUUCUGCUCUGCGCAUGGGUCUGCAUCGGUCCCACGCUGGCAACUUCACGCCCAUUGAGGCCGAGACGCGAAAGCGUGUUUUCUGGAUCGUGCGGAAAAUGGACAUCUACGUCGGCGCGAUGCUUGGCCUGCCACAAACUCUGAGCGACGACGAUAUCGACCAGGAAUUCCCGCUCGAGAUCGACGAUGAGUACAUCACCGACGAUGGCAUCCUGCCCAUGCCGGAAGGCACAGUGUCAUUGAUGACGGCUUUCAACGCGCAUACAAGACUGGUCGUACUUCUAUCCAAGAUCGUGCGCAAAGUUUACCCGAUCAAGACCCAAGAUACACCAGACAAGUCGUACUCCGUGCCAUUCUCUGUGAUUCGCGAGAUCGAGAGCGAUUUGGAGGAGUGGAAGAACAGUCUGCCACCAAUAUUGAACCCGUGCCAAGCGCCAACACGAUACAUCAGGGUGCAGCAACUCCUCCGGUUAUCCUACGCCCAUGCGCAGGUCAUGCUCUAUCGGCCGUUCCUUCACUACGUGGCAAUGGAAAAGCGCUCUAGCCCGGUCGAUCAGAGAGCCUAUGCCUGCGCUGCCUCGUACGUCAAUGUUUCGCGCAACAUUGUCCACAUCGUUACGCAGAUGAAGCAGAAAGGUCUACUCAACGGCGCACAUUGGUUCAUCAUGUACACCUCCUUCUUCGCCAUCUUGUCGCUGGUCUACUUUGCUGCUGAGAAUCCGGACAACGCUACCACGCAGGCAGUGAUGAAGGAUGCGCUGGAAGGCAGACGCUGCCUGGCAUCAUUGGCUAGACGGAGUAUGGCAGCUGAUCGGUGCACGGCGACACUCAAUGGCAUCUUUCAGAGACUGCCAGACUGGAUGCAAGAAGGACAGCAAAACCCGCUAAUCACACGAAAGCGCCAAUUCGACUCCUCGACUCACGAUACACCACCACCAAUUAACACGCAAGCCUCGAGAAGCCAUCCUGAUGUCUCUGUCGUGGGACGCGGUCGUGGCGUACCAAUUGCCAACGGGCAAGUCCGCAGAGCCAGCACAUUCCCUCGACAUGGUGUCACCGGUGUGCAAAUGCCUGUCUCGAGCUCACCAACCUCGCUCGAUGCAUCAUGGCCAUCAGGUGCCUCAUCUUUCGGACCCCAAACCCCCGUCUCCGGCAGCUUCGACACCGGGUCCAUGGCCCGCUGGACUGAUCAGAACAUGCUGAAUGGUAUCAAUCAACUCAUGCCCCAGAACUUCUCGAACCCAGCAUUACCCGACCUCUCCGCCAUGAUCUUCCCAACUGCAGACGAACCUUUCGGGUAUCCAAACCAGCCCCUCACGACGUUUGAGAAUAAUCAGCAGUUUGCCAAGAAUACCCAAUACACGAGCAACAACCAACCGAACUUCAAUCUCGAUUCUACGGUACCCAUGGCACCGAGGCCGGAUUCGAGGGGACGCGACGAUAAUAUCGAAGCGCAAUUCUUUGCUUUACCACCUUACAUGCAAGAGCAACAACGACGACAGCUACAGCAGCAGCGGCAAGAUCUGAGUUUCGCCACCAGUAACGGCCUGCCUGCUUUCUCGAAUCAUCAAGGCAUGGCUGGUAUGCAGAUGUCGAAUGGAGGUCUGGGUAACAAUAAUAUCGAUGGGACUGGUGCUGGUGACGGGAACAAUAAUCAGUGGAUGCAGCAGGCGGCAACGCAGAGUUACGGGAACCUGGAUAUUCAGAAUCUAUUCGGCGGGUCCGAGUGGAACCCCAUGGUGCAUGGUUUGCAUGGUUUUCCGAGUCAAUAG